CAAGAUGGCUUCAGUGAAGGCAUCAUACAGCGAUUUUCUUGAUAUAUCAGUAGUGCUGUGCACGGUGGCAUUUCUUUUACUCCUUUGGCUUGCAAGACAACGAGAUCGUUUUAACCUCCCUCCUGGUCCAUGGGGUUUCCCUGUUGUCGGCGUUUUACCCCUCCUCGACAAAGAUCCCCAGCUGACAAUGAUGAAAUGGGCCAAGAAGUAUGGCAACAUUUUCACCGUCAAAAUGGGAACCACAACAACGGUUAUAUUGAACGGUUAUGAAGCUAUUCGAGAUGUGUUUCAGAAACAGGGAGCCUUGUCUUCUGGCAGGCCGCAUAUUCCGAGUUUCGGGUUUCUCCGUGGGAAAGGUAUAUUAUGCGCUGAUUACAGCAAUGGGUUAAAACGACAGCAAGAGUUUAUCAUAAAAUAUUUAUCAAAGGUUGACGUGGAAAAGCACAUUGAAGAUGAAGUCGACGCCCUUAUCCAAUACAUAAGGCACAAAAACGGACAACCGUUCGACUUUAACAGUGCUGUUAGUGCUUCCACAUCUAACAUCAUAGGGGCCAUAUUGUUUGGUAGCAGACAGGAAUACGUCGAUCCAGUCUUCCAAGCGCUAAUAAAUGCCUACCACAACGCAGUCAAAUUGUGUAGCGAAGCCUCCAUCCAGAACUUUCUUCCGUUUCUGUGGUUUUUGCCUCAGUGCCGAAAAUUGGCAAUUGCCUGGGAAGCUUUCGCAGAAGCCGUUAACCGAAUUCUGGAAAAGCACAAAAUGGGUUACAACCCAUUGGCAACACGAGGGCUUAUUGAUGCAAUUAUACACCAAAUAAACGGGAAGGAGCAGAAUGAAAAUUCGCUGUUUGACACUGAAGACCUCAAAGCUAAUUGUCAAACACUGUACGUUACUGGAUCGGAAACGACGUCGACGGCUUUCACAUGGGGCAUGCUCUUCCUAUUGUCUUAUUCAGACAUCUGCUAGAAGCUCCAAUCAGAG